AAAACUCAAUAUUAGCUCAAUGUAACCACACUACUCUGGAAGUGAAAUCCCAAUCUUAAUGCAAUGCAGUCAAGGCAUGCAUUAAGGAUAGCAAUCACAUUAUUGUUCCUUUUGAUUGCAAUAAGACUUUUUUGGCAAGUGACUUGUAACCGAGAAAUGGGCGAUGCUGAGGUUCCAAACAGAAAUAUCAUUUACGAAGUGCGCUAUGUAAAUCAAACAAUGGUCACUAAUAGGAAACUUCCAAUAGAAAAACAAACAAUUACCAAAGUUAUAAACUGCAUCACUGGAGGAACAAUCAGAAAUCAUAAACCAUCAAAAUUUGAACUUUUUGAUGCGACAUACAAAACCAAAGGGGAGGACCAUGCUAAAAGGCAAAAUGAUUUUGUUAUGAUAUAUAGUCUCAGGGGGUGGGGUGGUAUUGAUGGAACAGCUGAUUUACAAGCCUCGGGGAUAGGGUCUACUUUGAACUAUGCACAGGAAGCCAUGACUACAUUAAACUCGAUUGUCGAUCAAUUGAAGCUGACAUUGAAACAAGAUAGAAUUUCUAUCUUGGAUACAGCAUGUGGGGACAUGCAGUGGAUGAGUAGGUUCUUAACAAUUAGAACAGAUGUGGAUUAUACAGGGUUAGAUAUUGUGAAUGACCUGAUCCAGCACCACAAACAAACAUACAAGGACCACUUUAACUGGUCAUUCUUCCAUAAAGAUAUCGUUAAAGACCCCUUGGAUAAAUCAUAUGAUUUGGUUCUAUUAAGAAUGACUCUACAACAUCUUAGAUUACAUGACAUUAUGCAAGUUUUGGAUAAUAUUAACCAUAGUGGAAGUAAAUACCUUUUAUCGACAACAUUCCCAGCUGUGCGGAACAAUGAAGAGCUCACGAAGGAUAUUUCAACUGGGCGUAUGCGUUACAUCAAUUUGGAGCUUGAGCCAAUCCGGCUUCAGCCACCAAUUUGUUUUUAUAGGGAUGGACCAAUGGGAGACAAGGAAAAUCAUUAUCUAGGUUUAUGGCGGAUCCCAAUGUUCCAAGUAAAUAAUUGUGAAAAAGAAGAAACCUUGAUGCUCGAUAAAAAAAUGAUCUCAUAUUACUGCGCAUCUAAAUAGUUCCAGUAAAAAUUCAAUGAAUGACACUACUGUACUUCUACUUAAUUUG